GUUUUCUCAGAGGUUCUGUUCAUUUCUCUUUACAUAAAUGCUCAUUUCUGAGGAACUCAUGGGUUUAUAACUCUGCUUUCUGCGUUGCUAUUCCAAUACCAGGAACCAAGUUGAUUAUUUUCCUAUUCAUGUUUGGAAAAACUCCAUUUUCACUGCAGAAUAUUUCACACAAACUACUUACAUGUCACAAGCAUUAUUUGUUUCUUCUGCAAACUGUUGCACUCAAGGUAAAAAAAUGUCUUUUUUUAAACUAUCACUCCCACUAACAGGUGCAGCGCAGCCUUACAGUGCACAGGCCGUGCUGCACUCAUGCAUCUAUCCACUUGCUUCAAAGAGGAUUACCGCUCCUUCUGCUUAGCUUAGUUACCUCAAAUUAGGAUGAGGGUAAGGAGAGGUCUGCUGUCUGCAGCGGCCAUCUGUCUGCCAGGUGGACAGUCGAGCGCUCACGCUGCUGUAAAUGGAGACGAGGCUCGAGCUGGACGUUCUGAUUUACCCAGACGAAGUGAGGGUCGCUACACCGGAGGACUUCAGAGAAUGGGAUCUGGAGACAGCCAGCCAGGUGUCCAUACCAACCGUCCGGCUGUUUGUGGCACUUUACCCCUACAACCCUGCCGCCAUGUCUCCCAACCAUGAGACAGCUGCAGAGGAGCUGCCCUUCGUGCCAGGCCAGAUAAUCAAGGUGUUUGGAGACACAGAUGCCGACGGUUUCUAUCACGGUGAGUCCGGCGGUCUCUCCGGUUAUGUGCCAAGCAACAUGGUGGCUGAAAUCCCGGUGGACGACGAGUACCUGAAGCAUCUGCUCAUGCAGCAGGGAUUCCUCCCCGUCGACCACACAGGUAUGUCUCUAACGCCCAGUCUGAGCGACGUGGCCAGUAUCCCCGACGAUGUGGUCGUUCGACGAAUGGUGGCCUUAUUCGACUACGAUCCAUGGGAGAGUUCGCCCAACAUGGACAGUGAAGUCGAACUCGGCUUUCGAUCAGGAGACAUCAUUUAUGUGAUGGGUCACAUGGACCAGGACGGGUUUUACUAUGGAGAUCUGCACGGACGACGAGGUUUGGUUCCAUCGAACUUUCUGCAGCCGUUGCCCUGGGAUUAGGAGAAAAGAUGUUUGCUACAAAUGCCAAGUCUCAGACACAGUGAGAUAUCAGCUCAUUUUUGUUAGUUGAAAAAUUUUUAUUUUUAUACUAUAGGGUGGCACUGUAUCUGCUUUAGGCUGCGAAUAAAUGAGGCUAAUGAACCCAGUGUUACCUGUAAUGAGCAGGAUGCUGCAAACGAUUGUCAGAUAUUCCCUUUAUUUAAAUAUUUUAACAAAAAUUGUAAUUUUUUUGGUGCAAAAAAACCCUCAAAAAGUCAAUAACUAUGCUAUUUUUAAUUUUAUCUGUGCAGUUACAAUAACUUAAUAUUGAAUUUCUGAGCUUUCACAAAAAAGCCAACGACGGAACUCACAAAACCAAAUACCUGAUGGCAAUGGAUAGAUUAUUUUAGCCUUAAUGAUACACUUUUAAUCCAAGUGUUUUGCAGACCAGUGUAUUAACAUAGUACGUCCAUUUUUGCCUUAUACGCUACUUAUACAUUUUCUACAACUGGCUUGUUUCAUACUCUUUUGUUUUUGAGUUUUGCAGCAGUUUUUAUGAAACAAAAAUAAAAAAUCACAACAGAAACUUUGUAUAAAGGAAACAAUUAGUGUUUUAAUUGUGCAGGAAAUGUAAAGCAGAAACUGACAAUAAAACAUCUUGAAUUCUUACAAAGCUUA